AUGCUGAUGAAGAAGAAGAACAGGGACACAGGCCCCGUGGGCGGCUUUGCGAACCUUGGCUUGGACGUGGAAAACCGCAUGGCUUCAACCCUAGCCUAUGUACAGGAACCAUCUCCACCAGACUUCCCACCCAACAAGGGGGAUCCACUCAGUGGGAAGUUGGCUUCUUUGCCAUAUCCCCAAAAGGGUCUUCUGGCCCCACCAUCCUUCAACUCUGUUUUGUCUUCACCUUCUUUCGUGCUCCUAAAAAUUGUUUUGCUUAUAAGUGGAAGAGAAAAUGAGCUUUUCAAUGAGUACUCCUGGCGAGAGCUCAUGGAGUCCAGAGUCAGAUGCCAAGGAGGCUCAAAGACCGCCUGCCUUGGAAAAAGGCAACGGAGAUGCCGCCUCACAUGGGAAAUACAGUGUUGCUAUGAAAACAAUGAUUCCGAUUCGCCCCAAGUCGAACCCUUCAGAUCUGCCGACGAGGAGGCCAACUACAACCCCUUUUUCUCUGAUGGGCAUGGAAGUGAGAAGGAAGGGAUUGUGGGAAACCUCAGGAAGCAUUACAGAAUGAAAUCCUUUGAAAACCUUACCUUAGAAUAUGCAGGAGAGUUUGGGGACUUUGGGAAAAACUGUGCUACAGAUUACAGAUUACAGAUGAGUAUAGUUGGGGCAGUAGCACAGAGAGGACAAGGAAAUUUUCAUGUGAGAAUCACAUCAAGAGCUUCAGCUGAGAAGUCAGCUUUCUGGCUCCUGCUCCAAGUCCUUUGGGAAGAAGAGGUCACAAGGUGUGGUGUGGACAAAGCAUCUUUGAAUCGAGUAAUUCUUCGAUUCCAGAGAACAAGAAUUUGCAUAAAUAUCUUCAUAGGAAUUCUCAAUAGCGUCCUGGGUGUCUUGGGACCUAAAUUUCUCCUUCAGGAAAAACCCAUCCUUUACGUACAGGAGCUGAAAGGGUCUCAGAACGCAUUGGUCAUGGACGAUGCCACUUUGUCUUGGAAACAGAACAACAGCAUAAAGAACAGAGGUGCCGCCGAAUUGGAUGGGCAGGGGUGGUCUGGACACAGACUCAACCAGGAGAAUCAACCUGAUCAUGGGCCAACUGGGCCAGAGGAGAAAAAAAAUGACAACAGCCUGGUAUUGCACAAGAUAAGCUUUGUGGUGCCAAAGGGCAAGGUUUUAGGGAUUUGUGGAAACACGGGAAGUGGAAAAAGUUGCAUAUUAUCAGCUAUACUGGGGGAGAUGCAUUUACAUGCCGGAUCCGUGUGGGUGGAUGGGACUUUGGCCUAUGUGCCCCAGCAAGCCUGGAUCUUCAGCGGGACAGUCCGAGAAAACAUCCUCAUGGGAGAGAAGUACAACUCAUCCAGGUAUCAUCGGGUGAUCAGUUCUUGUUGCCUGAAUAGAGACUUACAGAUCCUGCCCUUUGGAGACCUGACUGAAAUAGGCGAGCGAGGCCUCAAUCUCUCUGGGGGCCAGAAGCAGAGAAUCAGUUUGGCUCGUGCUGUUUAUGCUGACCGAGAGAUUUACUUACUGGACGACCCCUUGUCAGCCGUAGACGCCCAGGUCGGAAAACACAUUUUUGAAGAAUGCAUCAAAGAAAAACUUAGAGGGAAGACUAUUAUCCUUGUCACUCAUCUGCUGCAGUAUUUAGAGUUUUGUGACCAAAUCCUUGUCUUGAAGAACGGAAGAAUACGUGAAAAAGGCACUCACAUUGAACUGAUCCAAAAGCAAGGACAGUAUGCUCAACAAGUUCAAAAGUUACACGAGCAGACUCCAAAGGUAAUUUCCAUUGCUCUUUCAAAAAACCUUCAAUCCCAAUCCUUGGAGGAGCUCCAUGAUAUUCACCAUCUUACUCAGAAGGAAAAAAUAGAGCAAGGUUCAAUGAGUUGGAAAAUCUACCACCACUACAUCCAGGGAGCAGGAGGUUACCUAAUUAUGGUCUUGAUCUUCUUCCUGAUGACGCUGAGUAUCAGCAUCUCCGCCUUCGGCUACUGGUGGCUGAGUGGGUGGUUAGGACAGGGUGCGGUGGUAAGUGCAGCCAAGCUGGCCAGAACAACAAAACAGGACGGCCGCAGCAUUUUAGACAACCCCCGUCUGCCCUUCUACCAGCUGGUGUACGGAGUCACCGGCCUGGUGAUGAUACUGACUUUUAUUAGCUCAUCGGGCAGUUUCACGCUGACAACAAAAAAAGCCUCCUCGGCUUUCCAUAACAACAUUUUCAAGAAGGUCCUUCGCUGCCCAGUGAGUUUCUUUGACACAACUCCUACCGGAAGACUCUUGAAUUGUUUCUCUGGAGACCUGGAUGAGCUGGACCGGAACCUUCCAAUUAUUGUGGAAGAGUUCUUGCUUUUGGUUUUUAUACUCAUGUCAAUUUUCACCAUCAUUUUAGUGUUGUCUCCCUAUUUUCUGGUCGUGGGAGGCAUCCUCAGUGCUGUCUUUCUCACCAUAUUUAGAGUCUUCAAGGCAUCCAUCAGGGUGAUUAAGAGAAUGGAAAAUUGCAGCCAAUCGCCACUCUUCUCUCACAUUCUUACUUCCAUGCAAGGCCUGAGCUCCAUCCACAUCUACGGUAAAACAGAAGACUAUAUCCAGCAAUUCAGAACACUAACCGAUGAGAACUGCAACUAUGUCUUGCUGUUUAUGUCCUCAAUGAGAUGGAUGACGUUGCGGCUUGAGCUCCUGAGCCACUUCGUGACCCUGGCUGUGGCCUUGUUUGUUGUCUUGGGUCCGCCUUCCAUUUCCUCUUCAUACAAAGCCAUGGCGAUGAGCUACGUCCUCCAGUUAGCCACCUAUUUUCAGGCUUGCACCAGGCUUGGGGCAGAAACGGAAGCCAGGUUUACCAGCGCAGAGCGAAUCCUGCAAUACCAGGAGAAGUGCAACCCUGAGCCCCCACUGCAUAUCACUGGGGUGAACUGCCCAAAAGGCUGGCCCAACCGUGGAGAAAUCACCUUCAAAGAUUAUCAGAUGAAAUACCGGGACAACAGCCCCAUCAUACUGCACGGGAUCAACCUGACGUUCCACAGCCGAGAAAUGGUGGGCAUCGUGGGAAGAACAGGCUCUGGAAAAUCCUCUUUUGGGGUGGCACUAUUCCGGUUGGUGGAACCUGCUGCUGGAAAGAUCUACAUCGACGAUGUUGAUAUCUGUAGCAUCGGUCUGGAAAAUCUCCGAACCAAGCUCUCUGUCAUUCCCCAAGAACCCGUCUUGUUUGUCGGCACAGUACGGUUUAAUUUAGAUCCCUUUGACAACUACACGGAUGAGCAGAUCUGGAAAGUUCUGGAAAGGACAUUUUUGACUAAAGCAAUCGUAAACCUCCCGGGGAGAUUACAAGCCAAAGUUGCUGAAAACGGCAAGAACUUCUCCGUUGGGGAAAGACAGCUGUUGUGUAUAGCCAGAGCCCUCCUGCGCAAUACUAAAAUCAUACUGAUAGAUGAAGCCACAGCCUCUGUGGACCCAGAAACGGAUGGCCUAAUUCAACGCACCAUCAAGGAAGCAUUCAAGGGCUGCACGGUUUUGAUCAUCACUCAACGAAUCACCACCGUUCUCGACUGUGACCGAAUCCUGGUCAUGGAUGGUGGGAAGGUGGUUGAGUUUGACAAGCCCGGGGCUCUGCUGCAGAGCCCAGACUCGGUGUUUGCGAGGCUGCUGGCUGCAGCAAACACCCCACCGAGUUAGAGAAGUGGAAGCCACACCGCCAGAUGAAUGCUGAAG